AUGUCAGCAGGAGUUAGAGUCAUUCUACCUCUCGCGGUCCUCCUUAUUCUCCUUUUCGCCCGCACUCGUAGUCAGUUGACAUGGAAGGGCGGUUUGAAGUACCUGGUCAGCCCUCCCUUCAAAAGUCAUCAUCAGAUGCAGCAAGAAAAUGGUUACGACAACGAUGUCAGUAUUAGCAAUGGCCCCCGAGACGACUUAAAUUUGGAGAAGCUGGUUCAAAAACCCACAGGUCGAUGGUGGUUAGAUUCGCUGGCCCGCCUACUCUACAAUCAUCCUCUGCAUCUCUCGAAGUACGUACGAGAAAUCUCCAUUCCAUCAAGGGAGUCUUUGAACUACGAAACACCGCCAAGUCUUCUAAACUUUCCACGACUCCGAUCGCGAUCGUCAAAUUCACCAAUUAUGGAGACUAGAGAUUGGCAAAUGUACGACCAGGUAUGGGCAGUUCACAAACUUCGACAACUCCUCGCCAGCUAUCGUCAAUGGUUUUCCCCUCGACAAUGGAAGCAGUUCCUGCACAAAACGCCUCCACAACAGCCAUCCUCACAACCCCAGGAGGAGUCUGUCCACUUGGAACUACUUGAAGCUGCUGUGCAAGGCGUACGUGCAGCUGUAGCUGAAUGUCAGCACCAGUUUAGAAAUGAACGCUGGAAUUGCAGUGAAAUUAUCUCCGACAAGAACGCUCUCUUCGGCAAUAUUCUUUCGAAGGGUGUGCCAGAAACUGCCUUCGUCUACGCUCUUGUCAGUGCCAGCGUGGUUCGUUCCGUGUCUGAAGCUUGUCUGACAAACCUCCGCAACUGUCCGUGCAACAAUCGUGGACGAGAAUCUUUUGAGGGCGGCUAUGACAUGGUAAACUGGCAAUGGCAAGGCUGCGAUCACAAUAUCCAUUUCGGACGACGUUUCGGGAGAUAUCUACUAGAUCCUCUUGAAGCUGGCGGCUUCCACAUCCGAUUUCUUAUGAAUCUACAUAAUUAUCGUGUUGGAAGAAGGGUUGUUGCAGAGAACAUGCAACGGUACUGUCGAUGCCAUGGAACUAGUGGAUCCUGUACUCUGAAGACCUGUUACCGACGGACUCCGUCAAUGCGUGUUAUUGGAAACCAGUUGAAAGUCAAAUACGAGCAGGCUUCUCAAGUCAUGCGAGGUGGAUCCACGUCUCGCCCUCCCUCCCUCCUCAAAGUCAGUUUUGAUAGGUCAGGAAGAGAUCAAAAGCCCACAACACAGGAACUGGUUUUCUACGAACAACCGGCUAACAAUUUGUUCUGUGAGCCCAACCCAAACCUACACAUUCUUGGAACACGAGGAAGGACCUGUAAUUCAACCUCUUCUGCAUCAGACAGCUGUCGGUUAUUAUGUUGUGAACGGGGCCAUCGAACAAAGCAUUACUAUGCACUGGAGAAUUGUGAAUGCAAAUUUGUGUGGUGUUGUAGAGUGGAAUGCCAAAAGUGUCUGGUCCUGAAGAGGCAGGAGACCUGCAUGUAA